AUGUUCUUGCCUUGCCCUGACUUCCCAGCCGGAGAUCUCCGAGAAUCUCGGGAGGACCCUGAGAUCCCCGAUUCCGAGAAUUCCGGGAGAAAUCCGAGAGAAUUCCAUGAUUACUUUGUGGACUUCUACAUCCAGAAUUCAGAGUGCGUGGCGGAGAGAAGCCCCAAGAAGGACAACAUCAUCGAAGAAGUGCACAUGGCUGGGAAAAAGGUCAGGCAGCAGUGGAGAGCAGCUGCCCCAGCCACCUACAGCCCAGCCCAGCCCAGGCCUGAAUCACUUCUAGCCAUGUCUAAACCAGCUGCACUGGACCUGCUGGAAAUGCGUGGGCAGGAGGGCACCUCAUCAGAGCUCAGACUAGAAACUCCUCCAGAGCUGCAGAGAGAGACGCCGCAGCAUGCUGGGCGCACAGAGCCAGCCCCAGGAUCUUCCCCAUGGUCCCCCAUUCCACUGAUACUUGGGAUAAUGUUGCUGUGCCUGCUUUUGCUGAUCACUGUCAGGAUCUAUGGUGCCCAGGUCAUGGAGUUGAGCCAAGAGAAGGAAAACCGCAUCCAGUGUCCGGCGUCUUGUCCAGAACCAAACACACGUGUUCCAGGAAGGCCACAGGAUCAACCUCCUGACAACGAAGAGAAGUGUCCGGGACGGUGGAGUCACAGCGAGAGCAGGUCCUACCUCUUUUCUCCUGAAAAAAGACCUUGGGGGCAGUGUAAAUCCUCCUGCAGUUCUCACUCUGCCAGCCUACUCAUGAUUGACAGCCAAGAAGAGCUGGACUUCAUCAAUACAGAGUCAUUUCUUUAUUCUGAAUAUCGGGGAAGCGCUCUGUACUACUACCCAUUCUGGACUGGAUUGUCAUACAACUCUGAAACAAAGAAGUGGGUCUGGGCGGAUGGCACAGCUCUCUCUCCUGGCCUGAUUCAGCUCCCAGACCACAGUCGUGGAAAUUAUGCAGGUGGUGGCUGUGUGUAUGUCCAAGGUGUGGCAUUUAAGAUGGGCAGGUGUGAAGAAACUCAAUUCUGCAUUUGUGAGAAGAUUAAAGCAGCAGGAUAA